CCCGGGCAGACGGCGUGUGGCGGGUACAGCGGCUGGGGCGGCACGAGUAGCGGCUGGAUGACGCGGGGCGGAGCACGGCGGAUAGCGGCCCUGGGCCUGGCGCUGCGGCUACUGCUCAGCCUCGGGCUGGGCCUGGAGGCCGCCCCGAACCCAGCCCGAACCGGGACCUCGGCCCGGGCUCCAGGCCCCAGUGCAGGCUCGUGCCAGCCCACCCACUUCCAGUGCCGCAGCAGUGGCUUCUGUGUGCCCCUCACCUGGCGUUGCGAUGGCGACUGGGACUGCUCAGAUGGUAGUGACGAGGAGGAGUGCAGGAUCGAGCCGUGUACCCAGAAUGGGCAGUGCCCUCCACCCCCUGGCCUCCCCUGCUCCUGCGAUAACAUCAGUGGUUGCUCUGGUGACACCGACAAGCACCUUCAGAACUGCAGUGGCCAGCCCUGCCCCGCAGACCAUCUGCACUGCGCACAGGAGGACACCUGCAUCCCACACACGUGGCGCUGUGAUGGCCACUCAGACUGCAUGGACUCCAGCGAUGAGCUUGGCUGCAAAACCAACAAGACUUUCCAGGGAGGGAGUGCCAUAACCAUGAUGACCCCUGGGACCCUGGAGAUUGUCACUUCUCUCAGGAAUGCCACAGACGACUCUGCUGGGCACCAGUACAGAAGCCCAGGUGUCCACGGGGCCGUUGUUGCUGCUGGUGAGAUUCUCAGCCUCCCUGCCCCUGGGCCUUUCUGGGGGAAUCGGGUCUGGGUGGGGACGGGAUGCAGACCACCCAGCCCCAUAUGUUGGGAGCUCAGUGGCUGUGAGAGCCUGUGCCUUCCUCCCGCUGCCCCUCUGUCCAUCUCUGUGUCCCCAGCAGUGCUGAGUGCCAGCCUGGCUGCUGCCAUCCUCCUGAUAGUGACAUGGCUCCGAGCCCAGGGGUAUCUACCUGCACGGGGGCUUCUGGUGGCAGUGAAGGAGUCUCUGCCGCUGUCAGAACGGAAGACCUCAGUGCUCUGAGGACACGCUCUCACACCUCGUCACCCCUGCCUGAGUGCAGCCAGAUGAGGAUUGUCUGCAUGGGAACAUGCGGGCAGCUGCUGGGGCCCCAGCCCUCAGAGACUCGGGUGCUCCUGGCCACCUAGAACCUUGCAGACGUGGCCCAGGAGGCUGGGACACUCCCUGUGCACAGGAGGAGUUUGGAUGGAGAACGCGCCACAGCCAGAGACGAGGGGCUGGCCGUAGCCCCUCCCAGGGCCGGGAUGGCCCUGCACCUAGACACUCCUGCCACCCUUGGUAGGGUGACGAUUAAAGUUCUUCCACGUCCUCUC